GUAGUCCUUGGAAUCGAACCUGUCAGAUCCCAAUUCCGAGGCAGUUGAGAGAUUUUGUAGAAAGUUCAUUCCAACUGCAGCAUUCCUGGUGCUCACAUUAAGAAACAGAUAUUUCUAAAAUAGUAACUGAUAUUUUUGACGAUUUAUAGAGAAUUUUGCACAAUUUGUACAAGAAAGUGGGAUUGGAAUCAUGUCGGAGACUUCAUUGCCAAAAAGUGAGAAGGACGAGUCUCCGAAGGCUGAGCAGGAGAACGAAUUGAAUGAGUCUGAGGAGAAUGCCUCGGCCCAGGCAUCGAUUGAGAGCAAUGUGAGCCCAAACUCGCCUCCAGGAAUUUCCACAUCUGAUACGUCGGAGAAGGACACCUCGCUGUUCUCCGAGAACGGAACACCACCUUGCAAGCGGAGGAAGGGCAUCAAGUUCGAGCCACAGAUGCUAAGCGAUGCUGACUUCAGUGCCAUGGUCGGGACGAUGUGCCACGGCAAGUUGAAGUCUUCGCUGUUUGGCGAGAGUUCAGAUGAAGAUAUUCCAUAAAAUAUACAAGACUUCAACUUUUCAAACACUUCCCCGCCGCCAAAUUGGACCAUGCCCGCCGGACCACUGGUGCCUCCCUGCCUCUAGUGUCCGGGAUUUGGUGGAAGGAUGUCCUCUCACUCUUCUAUCCACGGGCUCCGCAGUUAUGAGACUACUUUUUCGGCAACAAUAAACACUAAACAGAUUGGAAAUAAAUUUUUGAUGUCUA